UCGAUUCGAGCCCUCCGAGUGCAGUCGUUUGGUCGUCGAGUGUUUCGAGCAGCAGCAGUAGCAACGACGGCGGCGGUAUUAUCGACGCUCGGAGUCAGCAGCAGCAGUUGGAAAUCAUGGGUCGAGUUUGAAACUGAGAAGACACAAAAUGCCGCUCGAAUGAACCGUCUGGCAGCGUCCGCGAUGAAGAGUGAACUCCAGGCUAAGGACCUGUGGAUGUACAAACAGCAGCUGGACGCGGGUGCGCUGCCGCAGCCGGGCGCUCAGCCCCUUCAUCAACAGCAGGUGCCGAAUGUUCAGUCGCAAUUCCACUACCCGACAGUGUCUGCUGCCGGACCGGGCAGUCCAAAAUUGCCUUUGCAAUCGAAUUCGUCGAGGCCACCUCCCCCACCUGCACUACACGGAGCUCAGAGCGGGGCAGCGCAUUUGCUGCGCGCUUCGCAAGGUGGCGAAGGUGAAUCAUCUGUGUUACCGGGACGUUCAUCAACGCCGCGCCAGCCUCUACUCCCGCGACCUUUGGGUGAUGCUCUUCACGCGGGAGCACUUCAGCAUUCGGUGGCAGGCUACCCCCGGGUCGUGGGCGUAGGCUUGGAACGUGAACGACCUCUGACCCAUUCGCAUCAGCAUCAGUGCCUGCAGUGUUUCAAAUCAUUCAGCAGUAGCCAUCAGCUAACCCAGCACACGAGAAUACACACCGGAGAGAAACCCUACAAGUGUUCAUUUUGUGACCGACGUUUCAAGCAACUCAGCCAUGUACAGCAACACACACGGCUACACACCGGUGAACGGCCGUACAAGUGCAGCGUCGCAGAGUGCGGUCGAGCUUUUAUCCAACUGUCAAACCUUCAACAGCAUCUCCGGAAUCACGAGAGUCAACUAGAAAGGCUCCGAACGCGACCGUAUCAUUGUCCUCAUUGCGGCAAAGGAUUCGCCUCCGAUGCCUCAUUGAGAGCCCACAGGGCAAAGGUGUGCCAUCCCGCACUCCCGCAGGCGGGUGUCGGGCCCGGGCAGCUCGGCCACAUCCAGUCACAUCCUCCCAAUUCGAAUCAUCAACAAACUUCGCGACAUCAAGCCGGCGGACAUGUUGCGAGAGCCCUAGCUGGAGCUCAGGAUGAACUGGGUGCAGCUGUGGCUAACCCGGCCUCAAGCCAAGCAGGAAGCGGAAUGAGUUGCGCCAUCUGUAACAAGGGCUUCUCUUCCGGUGAUUUGUUAGCAGAUCAUAUGCGGACAAGCCACGCUUUCCCGAUGGGCAUGGCCGCGGGUCCUCAAUAUCCCCUCAAACGCAAACGGGGCAGACCCAGCAGAGCGGACAUGGCCACCGAACAGCUGGCAAAUUUCGUCGUGUACAAUAUUCCCAAACAGGAGGCUGAGGAUAUCGAGGAACAAAGUCACCAGCAGCAACAGCAAGCCGCGGAGGCUCUUCAGCGGACGUUGGUCGGCUUAGCUCCUUUCAUAAUGCAGAAUCCACCUUUGCAAGGGUAUCCUCCACUCAUGAUGGAAGCUCCACCGUCUCUGGGUCAAAACUGA